AUGGCCAGCCGCCUAGUCACACGCCCCGACCUCGAGGCCGACAUCGCAAGGCUGGUUGCCGAGGCCGCCUCAACUUUCUCGGCCGCAGAGGCCGCCUCGGCCGCAGCGCCGCCCUCCGCCGCGCCGCCGUCCGCUGCGGCCGAGGCUGCGGCGCGCACCGACGCCUCGAAGCAGCUGCUCGGCACGCUCGCUCGCAUCUCCGCCUCCACACCGCCGCCGCUGCAGCUCUCCACGCCAGCCUUCGCCGCCUUCGCCUCUGGCGGCGCGGCUGCGGCGCCGCCCCUGCUCGCCGCCCGCAGCGCCACCGCCCCAACAUCAGCGGCGGCGGCGGCGGCGGCGCAGGCCCAGCUGCGGCGGCGGCUGCUGCAGCAGUAUGUACCGGAGGGGCGCGGGGCGCCGCCCGCCGCGCCGCCGCUGUACGCUGGCGAGUACGAGAGCGAGGCUGGCUUCGGGGCGGAGCUGCUGCAGGCGCUGCCGGCGGACGACUGCCCGGCGCUCGAAGACGAGUUGGCCGAGUUCCUGCAGCGCCACCCACGGCUGUCCUGGAUCAAGCACGUGCACGACGCCGCGCUGGCCCCCUCCGACGCCUCCGCCGCCGCCUCGCUGACCGGCGCCGCACGCGCUCUCUACGGCUGGGGCCUCGCCGCUGGGGGGGAUGGCGGCGUCCCCGACCGCAAGGUGAUGCUCUCGCUGGGCAAGCUCUGCCACCACGCCGCAUUCCUGCGCGACGCUCCGCCGCAUUCCGACGACGACGUCGCCGCCGGACCCGCGCCCACGGCGCCUCCCGUGCCGGGCGUGCUGCUGGCGGUGGACGCGUCGGAGAGGGAGGAGUGGCGUGCAGGAGAAGCUGCCGUGGCUGUGCAAGGCGGGCGGCGCCGCGGCCCCUGCAGAGGCGCUGCUCGAGUCUCUCCUCGCCACCGCCGCCAGCCCGGCCCUCUGCGCCGAGCGGCACGUCUCGCAAGAGGAGGCGCUCAAGCUCUCCCUCGACGUGGCGCACAAUCUCGGCGCAAUCUCGGCCCAAUCUCGCCCAAUCUCAACGCCGCAGGCGUGGCUGCACCUCUCCUCGCGGCUCCGCUCCAUCUCCGAGACCGGGCUGCGCAAGGCUCUCCUCGAAGGAGGGACGGCCGAGCACGCCGCCGGCGACCCCCGACCGCUGCUGCUGUGGUCGCUGCUCGCUUGGGAGGCCGACAAGCGCGCCGGCGGAGGAGGAGGCUCGCGCGAGGUCGUGUCUCUGCACGGCCCGCUGCUUGGCGAGCUGCUCGCCGCCCUCGGCCGCGUCGACGACACCGCGCUGCGGAGCACGCUGCAGCGCGCGCAGACGGAGGCGGAGGCGGCGGCGGCGGAGGCGCGGGAGGGGGGCGGCGAGGCGGCGCCGCUCGCCGAGGAGAGCGGGGAAUGGAUGGUGGUGGAGGCGUGAAGAGGGCGCGGUUCGGAAUGACGAGGCGCGGGAAACGCGUACGCCGGGAGGGGCCGGCGGUACGCCCAGUAACAGUCGAGCCGGUCCGCGAUGUCCCCCGGGUAGCGUCGACGUCCGUUUGGGUUAGACGAGAGGGGACUGUGCGGCCCCUGUCGUAGAGUUCGAACUCGUUCCCGAGGACCUACAGCGUAGACUCGUCAGUAUCACAUGAACGAUAGUGAACGAAAAAAAAC